UUGGCCAGCUCGGUUUCUGGUCUGCGGACGUUGCCCGUCACAGAGUCACCUUGCUCCGGGUGCCGCUGCCCCUUCUGUACCGGUGAGACUCUGUGGCCCAGAGGCUCACAAGCAGCGGGAAUAGAACCGGGGAUUGACCAAUCGGGGCAAACAUGGCGGAGGCGAAACCCAAGACAUCUCCAAAAGCCAUCAAGUUCCUGUUCGGGGGCUUGGCAGGGAUGGGUGCGACGGUCUUCGUGCAGCCUCUGGACCUAGUGAAGAACCGGAUGCAGCUGAGCGGUCAGGGAACGAAGGCGCGUGAAUACAAAACCAGCUUCCACGCUCUGUUCUCCAUCUUGAAGAACGAGGGCGUCCGAGGCAUCUACACCGGUCUCUCAGCAGGUUUGCUGCGUCAGGCCACAUACACCACCACCCGUCUGGGCAUCUACACCAUCCUGUUUGAGAAGAUGACCAGUUCUGACGGACGGCCGCCAAAUUUCUUCCUCAAGGCUCUGAUCGGUAUGACGGCUGGAGCUACGGGGGCGUUUGUGGGGACGCCAGCGGAGGUGGCGCUGAUCCGAAUGACGGCCGACGGACGGCUUCCUCCAGACCAGAGGAGAGGCUACACCAACGUUUUCAACGCUCUGGCUCGAAUCACCAGAGAGGAAGGAGUGGCCACACUGUGGAGGGGGUGCCUUCCCACCAUGGCUCGGGCAGUGGUGGUGAACGCUGCUCAGCUCGCCUCCUACUCUCAGUCCAAACAGGCGCUGCUGGACUCGGGGUAUUUCAGGGAUGAUAUUCUGUGUCACUUCUGUGCCAGCAUGAUCAGCGGCCUGGUCACCACGGCGGCCUCCAUGCCUGUCGACAUCGUGAAGACCAGGAUUCAGAACAUGAGGAUGAUCGACGGGAAGCCUGAGUAUAAAAACGGUUUGGAGGUUCUGGUUCGGGUCGUGGGGAAGGAAGGGUUCUUCUCUCUGUGGAAAGGUUUCACUCCGUAUUACGCCCGGCUCGGACCCCACACGGUCCUCACCUUCAUCUUCCUGGAGCAGAUGAACCGCCUCUACAAGUCCUACGUCCUGGACCGCUAACGCUUUACACGCUUCAGUCUGGAAACGCAGCCAUCCGUUACUAUACCAAACGCCGGAUGUCGGGCGGUUCAGCUGGAAGCUCAAUGGCGUCUUGGCAUGUUGGCACCAUAAGACAGACACUAUUUUAAAAAUGAAAUUCUUUUUGUAAAGAAAAGAUAAACGUGUAGUGUAAACAUCAAUGAUGUUUUCAAUUGAUAGUCUUGUUUGUUGAAGUAUUGAACAUCCUCACACUUUAAUUCAACAUCAUGGAAUUGACAAGUUACCAUGGUUACGGCUUCUGAUCUGAAGGUGGAUAAAUAAAGUUAUUCCUCAGUUUGUAA